UUCGGUAUCGGUUUACAAUCCCACUUCCUUUUCCGGUUUAUGUGAAAAAUCAACACAGGAUGUUGAUGCCCAAGAAGAACCGUGUGGCCAUCUACGAGUACCUCUUCAAGGAGGGAGUCCUUGUGGCCAAGAAAGACUUCACUGCUCCAAAACACCCAGACAUUGAUGUGCCCAACCUUCAUGUGAUCAAAGCUCUAACAUCAUUGAAGUCUCGCGGGUAUGUGACAGAACAGUUUGCAUGGAGGCACUACUACUGGUACCUGACUAACGAGGGAAUCCAGUAUCUGCGUGACUUCCUUCACCUGCCAGCGGAGAUUGUACCCGCCACACUGAAACGCCAGACACGCCCAGAGCCCUCAAGGCCAAGACCCAAGGAAUCAUAUGGUGAGGGCGGCCAAAGGGGACCAGCUCAGGACAGACAGGAGUACAGACGGGCAAACGCCCCAGCUGGUGGUGACAAGAAGUCUGAUGCCGGUGCUGGUGGUGGCGAAUUCCAGUUUAGAGGUGGAGCUGGUGGUGCUCCAUCAUCUGGACGCGGUGGGUUCGGACGAGGUCGCGGGGGAUUUGGGGCCCCUCCCCCAGCAGUUGGAGGGGGACAGUAGUCGUUGGCUCUGUACAUAAAGAAAAUAAACAAGAAAAAAAGCCA